AUGGACAACAUCAUCUACUCUUCGGCGAAGUCUAUGGCACAGGCUGUACGGGACAAAGAAGUGUCGGCGGUAGAGCUGGUGGAUGCGCAUCUGGCGCGCAUCGAGGAGGUGAAUCCGGCGCUGAACGCGGUGGUGCAGCUUGCGGCGGAGCGAGCACGGGCGGAGGCGGUGGAAGCGGAUGCUGCGCUUGCUCGUGGUGAAAGCAAGGGUGCGUUGCAUGGCGUGCCGUUCACACUGAAGGAUUCUAUAGACACCGAAGGCAUCAUAACGACUGGCGGCACACUGGGUCGUAAGGACUUUGUGCCGGAUGCAGAUGCGACGGUGGCGGCACGGCUGCGGGCUGCUGGGGGCAUCCUGUUAGGGAAGACGAACACUCCGGAGCUUACAUACGCAGGUGAGACGGACAACCUCAUAUACGGUCGGACGAAUAACCCGUUCGAUUUGAGCCGUACUCCGGGAGGCAGCAGCGGCGGAGCAGGAGCGAUCGUUUGUUGCGGUGGCGCGGCAUUCGACAUCGGCAGCGAUACGGGAGGCAGCGUGCGUGGUCCGGCGCACAACUGCGGCAUUGCUGGGAUCAAGCCGAACUCCGGGCGCGUGCCUCGCACGGGGCAUAUCGUGCCGCACAGCUUCGGGGCUGCCGAUUCGCUGACGCAGAACGGGCCCAUGGCGCGGUAUGUGGAGGACCUGGCGCUGAUUCUGCCCAUCAUUUCGGGGCCGGACUGGGACGACCCACAUAUUGUUCCGAUGCCCCUUGACGAUCCUUCGGACGUGGACAUUGGUAAGUUGCGAGUGGCCUACUACGCACACAACGGCGUGAACACGCCAACAGAGGAGAUAAUGGCGGCAACGAGGACGACUGCCUUGGCGCUCGAUGAUGUCUGCGCUUCGGUGGUAGAGGACCUGCCGCGCGCCAUACCGGACAACCCUGACAUAAACAACCAGAUGAGCCAGGCGGACGGGCAGGCGGCAGCGCGUCGUCUGCUGGCGAAAUACGGAACGACCGAGACGCACGAAUGGAUUGCUCGACUUCUGGAAAAGGCGAGUGAGAACAUGGUCUCCGUGCAGGAGUACACGGCAAUGCUGGAAAGAGUAGAUGCCUACCGCAGCGAGAUGCUCGGCUUCAUGCAAAACUACGAUGUCAUCGUCUGCCCGGUGUCUUCAUAUGCCGCAUUACCUCACGGCGAAUCAAUGUUCAACGAGAAGUACACGGGGAUUGGCUACAUGGCCACAUACAACAUCACCGGCUGGCCCUCGACGGUGGUGCGCGGCGGUACAUCACCGGAGGGAUUGCCGAUUGGCGUGCAAGUGGUGGCGCGUCCGUGGCGGGAGGAUGUGUCGCUUGCGGUGGCGCAGUACCUGGAAGGCGUGCUCGGCGGGUGGCAGAAUCCGCCGAUUUAG